CUAAACGAAACAAAAAAGGCCUGUCAAACUUAAAUCUUUAAAAAUGGGCUGCGCCACAACCAGCGUAAAGAUUACCUCAAUCGUGCUGAAUGCCAUUUUGGCGUUCCUGGCAGUGGGUGCUAUUGGCUGGAUCGCGUUCUAUGCAGAUACGGAGAGCGAGGAAUUCGUUAUCGCCGCCUACGUGGCAUGUGCGAUAAUUUUGCUGUUCGCCUUUCUGGGCAUAUAUGCGGCAGUACGCGAAUCGGUUUGCUUGACCGCAACGAGCGCCGUCUUCUUGCUGCUGCUGGCCAUACCACAAAUUGUGAGCACCAUAAUGUUUGUGCAUCAGUUUGAGGUGAAGAGCGCCCAGACCACAGUGGAGCUGGCUUGGCAGGCCAACAACAUGGACGGAUUGCAGCAGAAGUACGAGUGCUGCGGCAAGAGCAGCGCCCAAGACUAUGUCCAUCUGCGCCAAUUGAUACCGCCCAGCUGCUAUAUCGAUCUGGAUCAGAAGCCGGAGCAUCUGUAUGUCGACGGCUGCAUCGAGAAGCUGCAGAGUCGCUACGAAAGCGACAAGCUACGCUUCAUUAUAGUCUCCUGGGUGCUUGUGGCCUUCGAGUUGCUGUGCUUUGUUAUAGCCGUUUUCCUGGCCAUCAGUUUCCGCAACAAGCAGCGCCGCUUGCAAUUUUAAUGGCCAACUGUAGCCGAAUGACUAGUACAAAGCCGGGGCUAAACUCUAGCCGCGCCCACUGGGCCAAAGGAUAAUUAAGUAUUUGAUUUGUGCUCUGGAUAUUCGAGCAUAAAUAUUUACCAAAAAUAUAAUAAUAAUUAUAAUAACUAUAUAUGCCUAAAAUUCAUAAGCUUAAAAUUUUACUACAACUGCUGCAACAUAAGCUAAGUAAUUAAAUCAAUUUUAUUUAUUUAU